GAAAAGCUACAUUUUCAGAUUUCACGUUUUUGGAGCGGCAGAGCUCGCCUCAGUCUUUUCCUCCCCCCCUCUCUCUCUAUCUCUCCUUUUCUUCACACUGGUCGUCUUCCUCUCCGAAAGAGAACCAGCGGCGGCCGAACGUCUCUCUUUCGGUUCUUCGACGCCUGAACGGCUGCGGCGACCUCCCAUUCUCUCCAUCUUUCCCUCUCUUCUCGUUCCCUGUUUGUCCUCUUUUCUUUUCGAUGAAGUCAUAGUUCAUCGCCAUCGUCGACGAUAAUAGAGGCGCUUCAGUGGCGGGAUUCCUCCUUCAUUCCUGCUAUACCCCAGCGUAAAGUUCAACCGUGUUCGAGCUUAUUUCUUUCUCCCAUUCUUUUCCCACGUUCUCUCAUUGUUUUGAUCGUCCCAACCAUUGGUUGAGUCCUCYGUUCCUACAAAUUCUGCCGCUUAAAUCGAACGAGCUGCUGCAGGUGGAAGAUCCAUCACCGAAUAAACUCAUUUCUAUCCAUCUCGAGAUCAUCCUCUGCCAUUUCUAGGAAUUUGGGAAUUUGAUGUCGAGUUCAAUGAAAUCUCCUGCUACAUCGGUUCAAUUUAGUGGCUCAGCAAAACAGAGCUAUUAGUUUGGAUGAUUAUGGGAGUUUGAGAGAGUGAUCCAAACCCAGGAAAUUCACAUACUCUGUUGCAGCAACCGAUCUUCGUCUACAACGCAAUUCAGCUAUAAUAUCGAUGGACUUCCGGUCACUUCUUCUGUUUUCAGCUGUUCUUCGAGUAGUUCUGAUAAUCUAUGGUGAAUGGCAAGAUACCCAUAUGGAGGUCCGAUAUACAGAUGUUGAUUACCUUGUUUUCUCUGAUGCGGCAUCUCUAAUGGCUUCUGGAAAGUCACCUUAUGAGAGAUCCACAUAUCGUUAUUCACCUUUACUUGCAUUUCUGCUCAUACCCAAUUCAUUUCUUCAUCACUCCUGGGGAAAGUUCCUCUUCUCUGCUUCUGAUCUGCUUGUUGGGUUGUUAAUCCAUACCAUAUUGAAGCUACGUGGGGUUCCUGAAAAUCUUUGCAUUUACUCCUUAGCAGUUUGGCUUUUUAACCCAUUCACCAUCACUAUUGGAACUCGGGGCAAUUGUGAACCUAUUGUUUGUGCCAUGGUUCUCUGGAUUAUAAUCUGCAUUAUGAAUGGUAAUUUGCUACAGGCAGCGUUCUGGUAUGGGCUUGUUGUCCAUUUCAGAAUCUACCCAAUCAUCUAUUCCCUUCCUAUUCUCCUAGUUCUGGAUCCACAUAACUUUCCACCUGGUCAGACUCCUGCCCUUGAAAAGUGGAUUUCUAGAGAACAAAGUCCAUCCCAGAGUUGCAGGAGUAAAAGAACAGAUUUUUUUCUCCAGCCAUGGAUUCUUUCCAGUAGCAUUCUGACAAGGAAAAGGAUAUUGUUUGGGUUUGUUUCUGGGGCAUUGUUCUUCAUUUGUACUGGUCUUUUCUUCCAUCUCUAUGGUUGGGAAUUCUUGAAUGAGGCACUGCUGUACCAUCUUACCCGUACUGACCCAAGACACAACUUCUCCAUAUACUUCUAUCACAUCUAUCUUCAUCACCAACAGGGAUUCUCAAUAAUGGAGAAGCUCAUCUCUUUCUUCCCACAGUUGAUGGUGCAGUUGGUUCUCGCCUUAUGCUUUGCACAGGACCUCCCAUUCUGCCUUUUCGUGCAGACAGUAGCAUUUGUAGCAUUCAACAAGGUUAUCACAGCACAGUACUUCGUGUGGUUCUUCUGCUUGUUGCCUCUGAUACUGCCAUGGAACAACAUGAGGAUCAAGUGGAAAGGUCUGGCAAGCAUUUUCUUGUGGAUGGGAGCUCAAACUCAUUGGCUGAUGUGGGGCUAUCUUCUAGAAUUCAAAGGCAAAAAUGUAUUUGUUCAAUUGUGGUUGGCAAGCCUACUGUUCUUGGCUGCCAACACAUGGGUCUUGAUAAUGAUCAUUCGUCACCAAAGAUUAUCUCCAGUCUUUGUACCAUUGGGCAGCGUGAGGUUGAAAGAUGCUAGAAAAGUUAACUAGAGGAACUUGUGUCCGAUGGGUUUUUCUUCUCUUUCUUUUUUCUCUUUUCAUUUGUUGUUACAUCCUGUUGGCUAUGACUAGAGUAUUUGCAGAGAAAAUGUAAUUUCAUAUUUCCUGUUCUGGUUUGAGACCUGACUGUUGGUUAUAGUUGAUGUUUCUCAGUAUAGAAAAUUCUAUGGUUUCACUGUUCCUGGCCAAGUGUUUCGAACAUUGUAUAUGGUUGGCUUAAUCAAUGUGUGACACUCUACAAAUACA